CGUUCUCCAUCUCCACCUUUCUCCCUGUCUGUCGUUGAGGGUUUCAAAGGAUAUCAACCGGGCCUGAGAUAGGCUACUCAUAAGCGAUAUUCAGCAUUCAAGGUCAAUUGAUCAGGAGGAGAAUGGAUCCAGUUUGAGCAUCUUGACUGAUAAGUUGCCGAGUGUGAUCCUGUAACCAUGGCGACCUGUGGGCGUGGUUGCGUCCCGGCAGUGCGUUUCUGCCAAAGGCUGAACCGACUGAAGACCCUGGAUGAUGAUUUGAUGGUGACAUCAAUGAAGCGCUGCCUGACCAUGGUGGACCUGGCCCUGCUGGGUGUUGGGGGCAUGGUGGGCUCUGGUCUCUACGUCCUGACAGGCACUGUGGCCAAGGACACCGCGGGACCUGCCGUGGUCCUCUCCUUCCUCAUAGCAGGCAUCGCCUCCCUGAUGGCCGCCCUCUGCUAUGCUGAGUUCGGAGCUCGUGUGCCCAGAACGGGCUCAGCCUACAUGUUCACCUAUGUUUCUUGUGGAGAAAUAUGGGCCUUUCUCAUUGGCUGGAACGUAGUGUUGGAGUACAUGAUUGGUGGGGCCGCGGUGGCGCGGGCGUGGAGUGGUUACCUGGACUCCAUGUUUAACCACACUAUCCAGAACUACACAGAGAACCACAUAAUGAAGUGGAAUGUUCCCUAUAUCGCCCACUACCCUGACCUGCUGGCCGCCGGGAUUCUAGUGGUUGCCACCAUCUUCAUAACCUUCGGAGUGCGAGUCUCUUCUUGGCUCAACCACAUCUUCUCCGCUGUUAGUCUGGUUGUCAUACUCUUCAUCUUGGUGUUUGGCUUCGUGCUGGCCGAUCCAGUCAACUGGAGCCAGAAGGAAGGAGGUUUUGCACCGUUCGGUGUGUCUGGGGUUAUGGCAGGCACAGCCACCUGCUUUUACGCAUUUGUUGGCUUCGAUGUGAUUGCAGCCUCCAGCGAGGAGGCAAAGAACCCCCAGCGAGCCAUUCCUAUGGCCACAGCCAUCUCCUUGUGCAUGGCAGCCACAGCCUACAUUCUGGUCUCCACUGUCCUCACUCUCAUGGUGCCCUGGCACUCCCUCGAUCCCAACUCCGCUCUGUCUGACGCCUUCUUCCGCCGAGGCUACAGCUGGGCUGGCUACAUCGUGGCAGUAGGGUCCAUCUGUGCCAUGAACACAGUGCUCCUCAGCAACCUCUUCUCCCUCCCUCGGAUUGUUUACGCUAUGGCGGAGGAUGGCCUCUUCUUCGCCUUCUUCGCCAAGGUCAACCCUGUCACCAAGGUCCCUGUGAAUGCCAUCUUGGUGUUUGGCCUCCUCAUGGCCGUCAUGGCCCUCAUCUUUGACCUGGAGGCCCUGGUCCAGUUCCUGUCCAUCGGCACCCUCCUGGCCUACACCUUUGUGGCAGCCAGUGUCAUUGUGCUGCGCUUCCAGCCUGAGAAGGAGAAGACCAGUUCCAAGGCUAACUCCACUACCUCCCCUAACACCAACUACAACCCAGAGCCCUCACCCGAAGCCUCCGAGUCCCAGAUCAUAGCUCAGGACAGCGGGGAGCUGAAGGAGUAUGAGUCCUUCUCAGACAAGCUACAGCUGGUGGAGAUGCAGAAGACCAGGGAACGCAGCGCCCCAGGGGUGUUGAAGGCCCGCUGGGAGCCCUACCUGGGCAGGUUGCUAGGGGACUUUGAGCCGGGGGAGGUGGUGGCCUUCUCUGUGCUGGCGGUGAUGGUGAGCUCUGUGUCCCUCUGUGCUGUUUUUGUGUUUGGGAGUAACCAGCUGCAGCUGCCUACGUGGAGCUUCGCCGUGCUAAUAGUGGUGUUUGGCUCAACAUUCCUCCUCAGCCUGGUCGUCAUAUAUGCCCAUGAACCACAUAUCAACACCAAAACCUUCCAGGUACCCUUGGUCCCAUUCAUCCCUGGUGCAAGCAUCCUCAUGAAUGUGUUCCUAAUGCUGAAGCUCAGCCCAAUGACCUGGAUCCGCUUUACCGUAUGGGUGGCUGCAGGUCUACUGGUGUAUUUUGGCUAUGGGAUAUGGCACAGUAAGGAGGGCCUGAGGGAGCUGCAGCCCAAGGACAUGGCUGCCAGGUACGUGGUGCUCCCUAGUGGCAGCCUGGUAGAGACAGUCCAGUCAGUGCAGCCGAACGGACAUGGGGACGCCAGCGCCCUCCACACCACCCCCUCCCCCGCCCAGUCUGCUGAAGAGCAGCAGGCAAAGAGAUGAUGUGUAGGAACUAGGAAGGGAGCCAUCUUUAUUUCAGUGGGCCGUUUAUCAUCUAUCUGCUCCUACUCAUACAUUACCUCACUCUCUUCUCCUCUGACUUCCCUCUCGUGACUGGCCUCAUACAAUCAGUGUGUACUGCCACAAGGCUGUGUUUCUCUGCGUUAGUAAGUACACAUCACACAAUGAGAUUUACGCUCUCUCAUUAUGAAACAUAUUUAUAUUUAUUUUUACAUAUUGUAUCUCUUAAUAUGGGAACAUAGUAAUAAAGCUAUCUAGCAUUGUUUAGGAUAUUGCUAUUGGUUAUAAUCACUGUAUUUAAAAAAAAAUGUAGAUAAACCAACACAGGUGUUAUUUCCUUGUUAGCAUUUCUCUCAACUCCUCAAUUGAUCUGCUUUUUAAUGUCUCUCAGUCACUCACAAUUUAAUGUGUUUGGAAGUAGGAUGGUGCUUUUGGUCAUAGCAUACAUUGAGUCAUGUUGAUAAGCUGCAUUUUUAAUUUUGUAAGCACUGGAAUGAAUGGACCUUUGUUUAGACACACCCAUGUACAAACACAUAUUCACAUUAGCUUCCUCUCUCUCACACACACACACACACACACACACACACACACACACACACACACACACACACACACACACACACACACACACACACACACACACACACACACACACACACACACACACACACACACACACACACACACACACACACACACACACACACACACACACACAAGCAUUAUUCUUGCCUGAGGAGAGACUAGGUUCUGUCAGUGGGUCAUGUGGGUCCACUUACAACCCCUGGGACCACCUCAAGAUCUCCCUCAUUCCCCCGCACUAGUGGCUGCUCAGCCAAACGCAAAUCAUUUACAUACAUUUUCUGUUUUAAUGAUUAUUUCGGACUUGUUUCAUGUAGUUUCUGAGCUGUGAAACAGUCUAUUUUAUCAUUUUAUUUUUUUCCCCCCCAAUGCACAAGAACUAGACAGCGACCCAUUCCCCUUCUGUGUGCUACCAUGAGAUUAGUUUAUGCAACCAUCUAAUAUAAAAGCACGAGAGUUAUAAACAUGUGUUUUAAUACAUGCUUUUUGUAAGGCAAGCACAAACCCAGUUCAUGAUGUACCUGAACAGGGUAUUUGGUGCUGCUGCUUAGAAGCAUAUUAACAAACAGGGAUUGAGUGUUUUGUCAGACUAUGCCAGCCAUAGGACAUCUCUUAUCCUCAUGAGACCUCUGUAAUCCGACAGAUUUGCAGCAGUCCCUGCGGUUGACCAAUAGCUUGAUCUAGAUUACAUACACGCACAGAUCACUCUCACUCGCAGUGCUGGAUUACACUGACCUCCUCAGAGAGGGAUUGCACUCUCACACCCAGUUACCCACUACCCUGUCUGUUAGCACAGUGUUCGAGAGGGCAGUAAGAUGUCAUGACAAUGUAACAUUGUCUCAACGUGAUAAUCAUAACAUUCCCAUAGCUAAGGUUUUCAGUCAAGUCCUGAGAACUGAUUAUUUUGUUACCUAUAAGGUGUAUAUUUGUAUGUUUUUCACGUUUGGAGAUUGCGGUAAAACGUCUACCAUUUAUCUGUAUAAUAAUAAUGUAACUACAACAUUGCCUUGAUGUUAUUAGCGUUUUCUAUAUAUCAAGUCCUUAGAAUGAUGAAAAAUAAGCAUGAGUCCCUCACUACCGGCUACCAACCUCACACGUGUCUGUAGCUCACUUUAGUGUUGUACUCAAAAAUAUGUUUGUUUUGUCUCUUAUUUAUCACUAUAUAUUAGUUAUUGUAAACAUACAUUUGUUUAUGUAAAUAUAUGACACAAGCAACCAAUGGCCUUAAAGAUGUUUUCAUGAGUACAGAAUGAUUCCCAAAGCUUACGUGAAAUCUAAACAACUUUAGUUGUUCAGGUAGCUUUUCACCUCUAUCCAAGUAGUUUACCCUGUUAUAAUCUCAGUAUUUAUUCAUAGGAUAUUAUAUUGUAAACUACUAUAUUCCAUUCAAUUGAUUUCAACAACAGAUACAGCCUUUGAAGUAAUCAAAUGUUGGGGGAUGUGGGGAUAACAAAAUAUUAAAUGGAUUUUUGUACAACUUUGCACAUAGUUUAAGAUUUUAACUGCAAACGACUGUAUGUGUCUCUCUACCAGCGUGUCUCUGGUGUUGGCACUAUGGUGCUUUUGGCAAGCUGAACAUUUCCUCACCUCGAAGAGUUACGUUCUCUGUCUUGUGUGUCAGUAAGCACAAUGCGCUAUGGGCUCUGACUGUACCUAUGUACUCUGUACUUACACAUUCAAAUUCUAAGUAUUUUUUGUUGUAUAAAGUCUAAAAGAAGCUGUGUUAUUUCGUGACAAAUAAAUGUUUUGAAGCAGCA